AUAAUAUACAGUAUUUUCAAAUAAGAUAACAAAUAUAAGUAAAUAGAUGUGUUGGAGACGGUCCAGCAGCGUAUUAAUCAGCAGCUUAUGAAUUUGUCGGUCUUUUGUUGCUUUUGUGUCACCACAAGGUGCAGCCGCUCUGCUUCAUUGAUCUCGUUCACAUACUCAGUGUUUGUAAAUGAGCUCACUCUCGUGCACUGUGCUGCGUCAGCCUCGGCUUCUCCCUGCUGCUGCCGCCUCUCUUGGCACCUCCAGGCCGUUGGUGCUUUGGGCGGAUUUUCUUUUACAUCACACUUCUCUUCACUAUACAUGACGUAACGUCGCCUCGCCUCUUUAUAGAGCCACUACAGCAUAACUUCAGCUUCCUGUCUGUCUCUGUAUAUGUAGUUGGUCUUGUUCUGCAUGUAACACUUGAGAAACCUGACUUUCCGACACCGCCCCUGAAGUCUUGACUCUUUAACCCUUGUAGUAUGAGUAACCAUUGUGAAAAUACAUGUAUUGACCUUCUGGGCUGUAAUGUUAUUGUCAGGAAUAUGUUUAAGAAUGAAGCAUUAACUGAGAUAACUGUAACUGGGCCAGGAUCUCUGCUCUAAUACAGUAAUGUAUUUUAUAUAGUGCAAAUAGUCUGUGUAGCACUUUUAAACAAAAAUAACACAAUUUGAAGUUUUUUUUAAUAUAAUGACAUUAAUUUAAUUCAGCUUUUUUAAAUGAACUAUUAUUUAGAUGUCACACUCUAGCUCUAUAUAUAAAGAUUGACAACACGAGGGUUUCCCAAAAGUGAAGCUUAAGUGUCUUGAUCGCCCCCUGGUGGCUGCAGUACUGGUCAUAAACCCGCCUCUUGCAUGUUUGUGGAGUUCACAUCAAGCCAUUUUUACUCAAAGAUGCUUUCUGUCAUUUUAGGACAUUCUAAUCACAUUGGUGUAUGUUCAACUGCUUAUCGUUCAAUGCUAUUGGAUGCUAUUAAAUCACACCUGCGCCUCGCGGUGACAUAAAUGUUCCUUUUCAAGGUCUGUCAUUGUUUUUAGUUUUAUUUGUGAAUAUAACUGCAGGGUCCUUGCCACCUCCCCGAUCCCCCCACAGCCACCCCCUUACUCACAUUAACCCUGUGUCUGUUUCCCCUCCCCUCUCCCUCCUCCUCUUCAACAACCACUCUUCCUCUCCUUGUCUCUCUCCUCCUCUCCCCCCCUCUCCCUCUACACGCCCCAUCUGCCUAACUCCAGUUUCAUGUAAGUUGGUUCCAUUCAUUUAGACUUUUAUCUCAGGGCUGGGUAUUGUAGAAACAUGUUUUGUUGUUAUUUUCUUUAGACGUCUACCAAUUGUUAUUGGUAAAACAGUUAUUAUGAAAUUUGUGUUUUUAUUGUGAGUUGUUAUUAGGUAUACAUUUGUGUUUAGCGAUACCCAGCCCUAUUUAUACCUGAUGGUGUAUUUGUUAUAAAUGUACUGGUAUGAAUAUCAUUCCGUUCACCUACCUACAUGCAUACAUUACGAAAAACACCUGCAUGCCUUUUUUGAUUUGGUUUUUCUCGGGUCAAUCGUUCCUCAGGCUUAAUUUCAGCUCAGGGCCACAUGUUGCUCACGGCGGGUUUGACAGUUUUGGAGGUUUUUGAUCCAGAAUCUUCCUCUGCAUUAAUCCACAGUUCAUCCACUUACACACAAUGCUGCAAUGGGAACUCUGAUUUGUACAUUUGUUUUCUGCUAUUAUGUAAUUCGUGAAUUUGAUUUACUCAUUUGUUACUAAGUUUGACCACUGUGGAUUGGCAUUGUGAAAUUACAACCAGAUUUUUAUUUAUUUAACCCUUCCUUUCACUUUAAUAGUUUUGUUGUAAUCCUCCUAACACAUAGACAAAGACACAAACAGUAAUCAAAGCAUUACCUACUGGAAACAGAUCUAACAUGCUGCCAAACUUCAUAUUAGGGCUUUUAUGUAGUAGACCUUCCAGCAGAAUUGAAUGUAACAUUGUACUAUUAUAAAUCUUGUGAGUUAGAUUACCAGUGAAAUUCUAACUAUAAUUUAUGUUGGAUCUAAUCUGGCUCAGAUCUUUCGCCUGGUCUAAAGAAGGCUCUUGUUAACACAGCAGAAAGAAAAGUGGACAACCAGCACAUGCUGCACUACAUCCGAGAUAAGACGGCGGUCCCAUAUUUCAGCAACCUGGUGUGGUUUAUCGGCAGCCAUGUCCUCGAAUUGGACAAGUGUGUGCAGACAGAUGAAGAACAUAAGAACCGGGGAAAGUUAAGUGACCUGGUAGCGGAGCACCUGGACCACCUCCACUACCUCAACGACAUCCUCAUCAUCAACUGUGAAUUCCUAAAUGACGUGCUGACGGACCACCUCCUCAACCGUCUGUUCCUGCCCCUCUAUGUGUACUCAUUGGUCAUCCCUGAGACGUCCGAGGAGCGAAAGAUCAACCCUCAGGUGUCCUUGUACCUUCUGUCCCAAGUGUUUCUGAUCAUCCACUAUCGGCCACUGGUCGACUCCCUGGCCGAUGUUAUCCUCAACGGGGACCUGUCUGUCUUCACCCCACAGACAGACAUACACAGCACACAUAAGAGCACGGCCAGUGCGGGAGGCCUGCGUCGGUUCACCAAGCCCUCCGAGUCUCUGGAGCGCUCCCUGGAGCUGUCCCGCAACCGUGGACACAAGAGAACCCAAAAGAGACCGAACUACAAGAACCUGGGCGAGGAAGAGGAUGAGGAAAGAGCCGGCGGAGGGGGAGGAAGCGGAGGACUUGGAGGAGAGGAGACCUGGGAUGACAAUGGCAGAGGAGAGAGGGAUGGAGGCCGGGAGAAGGGAAAAGGUACAGAGGGAGGAGGAGGAGGAGGUGGGAGUUCUAAGGGAAGCAGAGCAAGUGGGGAGACAGCGGAAGAGAUAGAGAUGGUGGUGAUGGAGAAGUGUAAGGUGUCUGAGCAGACUGAGCAGAACAUCACUGAUGAGGAGAAGACGGCUGCAGCCACUCGCACAUGUGCACAGAGAAGCAGACCGUUUUUGGACAUGGUGUACAGUGCCCUCGAUUGUGCCAACGAUGACUACCACGCCCUGUUUGUCCUCUGCCUGCUUUAUGCUGUGUCACACAGCAAAGGUAUAAACCGUGAUCUUCUGGAGCGGCUGCAGCUGCCAGUUCCUGACCAGGAGAAGAGCUGCUACAGCCUGGUGCUGGCAGAGAGACUGAUCAGAGUCAUGAGCCAGGCAGCACAACCAGACGGUAAAGUGCGUCUAGCUACACUGGAGCUGAGCUGCCUUUUGUUGAAGCAGUCAGUGCUGUCUGGAAACCUCUGUAUAAUCAAAGACGUCCAUCUGGCCUGCUUGGAGGGUGCCAGAGAAGAAAGUCUGCAUUUACUGCGGAGGUUUUACAAGGGAGAGGAGAUCUUUCUGGACAUGUUUGAGGAUGAAUACAGAAGCAUGACGAGUAAACCUCUCAACGUGGAGUAUCUAAUGAUGGAUGCCUCGGUGCUGCUGCCACCCACGGGCACACCUUUGACUGGCAUCGACUUUGUAAAGAGACUUCCGUGUGGAGACGUGGAGAAGACGCGCAGGGCGAUCCGGGUGUUCUUCAUGCUGCGCUCGCUGUCUCUUCAGCUGCAGGGAGAACCUGAGACACAGCUGCCUCUGACCAGACCUGAAGACCUAAUCAAAACAGAUGAUGUGUUGGACCUCAACAACAGUGACCUCAUCGCCUGUAUGGUGGUCAGUAAAGAUGGCGGCCAGGCCCAGAGGUUCCUCGCUGUAGACGUGUACCAGAUGAGUUUGGUCGAGCCAGAAACCAAACGCCUCGGCUGGGGUGUAGUCAAGUUCGCUGGCCUCCUGCAGGACAUGCAGGUGUCUGGUGUUGAGGACGACAGCAGAGCGUUGAACAUAAUCAUCCAUAAGCCCAUCUCCAACCCCCACGCCAAGCCCCUGCCCAUCCUCCAGGCCAACUUCAUCUUCGCUGACCACAUCCGCUGCAUCAUCGCCAAGCAGCGGCUGGCCAAGGGGCGCAUCCAGGCCCGCCGCAUGAAGAUGCAAAGGAUCGCCGCUCUGUUGGACCUGCCAGUGCAGCCCGGUGCCACAGAGGUUCUGGGUUUUGGUCAGACAUCCAACGCUUCGCCCAGCGGCCUCCCUUUCCGAUUCUACGAGCAGUCAAGACGGGCCCCCAACGACCCCACAGCAGCUAGAUCAGUCUUCGGCUCCGUGGAUAAAGUUCCAGGUUUUGCGGUGGCUCACUGUGUGUCGCAGCACAGUCCCUCGCCCCUCUCCUCCCCCUCGCCUCCCUCCAGUGGGAGUGGCAGCACAGGGAGAUGUGACUCUGUGACUGCAAGUACUGUAUCAGCUCAAAGCCCGACAGAUGACGGCACUUUUUUGGAGCACACUCCACCCUCCUCCUCAGGUGGAGAAGGAGAAGGUGGAGGCGGGGAAGUAAUUCUACUCUCCUCUACUCCUUCAAACCCAGUCCCUGCUCACGCCCUAGCCCCGAGCCUCACCCCGGCCUCCCAGCCCAACAUCUCCCUCCUCACCGACAACAGCGCCGACACCCUCAGCGUGGAGUCACUCACGCUACUGCCCCCUUCCGACUCGCCGCACCUGCACCCAUGCGCCAGCCACGUUCCCGCAACGCACUUCCUCCAGAGACCAGAUGCCUCCAUCGCAGAGGAGGAGGAGGAGGAGAAUGAGGAGGAGACAGAAGGAGACAGGAAAGGAGGGCAAAGAGACGUGGAGGAGGGAUCGCCGAUGGAUGCGAAGGUCAAAGAGGACACCGCCACGUCAGAGUUGGCCACACCCACUGAGGAGGAGCCAGAGGGAGGAGAUGAACCAGAAGGUGAGGACACUCCUCUAGAGGCGGAGCUUUCUGCUGCAGAGCCACUAAGAAGAGACGACUCUGUGGAGAACUCAGAAGAUGCAGACUCACCUGAACUGGAUUAAACAACAACACUUAACUUCAUCUCACACACACACACACACACAGGACAGGAGAGUGUGAUAGUGAAACUAUCUGGUGCGGCUACAGUAUAUUUUCAUGUUGCGACUUGUUGGAAUUGUGUGAUGUGGAUAAAUCAGGAGGCUUUGGAAGCCUUUGUGUUUGCACAUGAAGACCGACUCCUUUAAUGCACAGACAGAAGACAAGUCUAGACCCUGGUCGAACUCAAGGAAGGCUCAAAGCACAUUCGGCUUUUUGUGCACUCGAGUGUGUUCAGUCGUGCGUGUGCGAGUGUUUUUAAGCACGCGUGUGUCGAUACACACAACCAGCAAAGUUUUUUACUCAUUCUGAUUGAUUGUCAGCUCAGAGACACACAAACACACAUAAACCUAAUUUUGUGUUUAAUAUUCACACAACAGUUUUCACAACUAUUGUUUUGUGGUGAUGGUCACUACUAUGCUAAUACACAUACACACACACACACACACACACACACACACAGUACACACGGUCCACACUGAGUCAGCUGCACUUGCCUUUCAACCUUUGCAUGUCGCACCCAUUUGCAGUUACUGCCACCCAGGAGUGCCAGCGGGUCGGAGUGCGCGUGAUCUGCUUUCGGUUUGAUUCUCAUUCUUCCAUGUGUAAAGUAACGAUCCAUUCAUUUGCCACUUCCUGAUUGGUGUUUAUUAUAGAAUAUAUAUAUAUAUAUAUAUAUAUAUAUAUAUAUAUAUAUAUAUAUAUAUAUAUAUAUAUAUAAAUAUCAAAUCAUCUCGACCAAUCAGGCGGCACUUCUCUGAGACUGUCUACAUUCAUUCGAUGUUAACCGAAGUUUUUUUUUUUUUCAAAGUGGUCGUCUUGUGCACUGCUGGUAAAUAUUUGGAUAAAUUCCUGUGGGAAUGUGACAUGAGGUGUGUGAACGCUGCUUUUUACUGGUGAUUAACCAGCACACAGUCGGUUUCCAGCAAUUCACAUAUGCAACAACAAUUGAUUUAACUUCGAUCUCCCUUUUGCUUUUAUUCCAACUUCCAUUUCAAAUCACCACGUGGUUUUGCAAAGAGUGCUUUCACCCGUCAGCAGCCUGAGAGAUGUGAAUGGAGCCUCGGCUGCUGAGUAAGUGGUACUGAAUAAUAUAUAAUGUGGAGCAGUAGUAAGUGAGUUUUGUUUCAGUCAUGCAUUGAUUCAUUCAUUCAUUUUAUUCAGCCUGUGGCAAAACAGAUGUCCUGUUUGACGACCUAAGAAAACUAGAUACUAACUUUUAUUUUCUUAAAUUUCUUUCAGCAACAUAGUGAUGUAGUAUAAUACGGAUCUGUGGUGUCAUGAGGAAACUAUUAGAAGUAACAACCGUGUCUUUGGGUCUGCACGUGUUGAAUGUACCUGCUGGUUUCCCCCCCUCAGGCGCUGACCUGAGAUCAGUUUUACUCUGCAUGUAUGUGAGGACGGCUUUAAAUAGAUAAAUGUUAAUAAGACAAGAGCAGUAGUAUGUGGUUGACCCCCCCUGGAUCCUAUUUUCAUGAACAAAGUCCUGACAAGUGACCAGUGCUGGGGAGACAUGAAUGUAACAGCUUUUCUUUCAAUCAUCAGUGUUAUAAGAUCAACUUUAAACUUUAAUUCAUGACUUGAUUUGUUUAAAAAAAAAAAAGCACUCUGAUUGUUUCCUCAUCUUUUUCUAUCCUUUAUACCCUCGCUGCUUUUCUCCUCCUCUUUUUCUCCCUCGCUCUCCAACUCGCCCUCCUCUUUCCGGUGCCAUCGCCACACAGCUGAAGUCUCAACGCUCGAUCACUCUUGUUUUUUAACUUUGUACAGUCAUCAACAGGUUUAUAAAUGAGAAACUCAGAGCAAUACUCUCUCUUUAUUUUGAGUCCGUCUCCUCGUAUUUCCAUUUGUCUUUUUUGUAAAUAGCAGAAGAAUGACAGUGGUGAGGAGGCGGCGCCGACCGGCUGAGGAGGCUUGGCUCGGCACAGUGUGUAGAGCCGAUGGUUCGGAGGAAUGUGCCAUGAGAAGCAUCUGUAAUCGAGCCUCUGAUUGUAGUGUGUGUGUGUGUGUAUGCAAUUUGUUUGUAUGCUCUGUAAAUGCUUUUGGCUUUUAAACCUGUAAUUAUUGUUAAUGAACUAAAACAGAGGAAUAAAUAAAGAAUUGCAAUAAAUUAUUCUACUUAAAAAACGGUGAGCGCACUGCAUGAGUGUUGUUGUUGUGUUUGCAGACAGGAGAGUUUUUUUUUUUUUUUCCACUUCUUCUCAGAACGGCAGAGCAGUAGUAAGAGCAGAGGAGGUUCUCCUCAGAGUUUGAGCAAGAAACACAACAGGAAAUAUUAGAAAACCGUCACCCACCCCCUCGUCUUCUACUGCACCCGUUUUUAGAGGAACUGAUGUUGCUCUUAAAUAGAAGUCGCUUGUAAAAUAGUUGGAUUUCUACAUAAUCAACGUUCACACAUAUCUGUGGUGCUGCAAGAAGCUGAGUCGAAAACACAGUCUCAUGUGUUAGAAAGCUGAAGGUCGUGACCUACAGUGAGAAGCCUCACCACCUUCAAACUGCAGCACACAACCAGCGUUCUACUUCCUGCUCUGCAGCUCGACACUCAGGUGUAAACACGGGUUAUUGAUGCACGUAUUUGCUUCUGGCCUGAAUUCAGAAUGUGUGAGGGUGUGUGUGUCAGACGCUGUGGAGGCCUGAGGAUCAUGACGUUGCUGUUGCACCUUCUACACGUGUGUUCUGUCUCUGUGGCUGCUGCUGCUGAUCAGCAGCAGCUGCCCUCAGUCACCUUGUGGUCUGUACGUGUUGCUUUUAUCGCGGUUCCUCACUUCAGGGAAGUCUGGGUGUCGUGUGCGUAAACCUGAAUGAGUUCCUGGUACUGCAACAAUACUGACAUGGUGUUUCGUGUGCGCCACACCACAGCAGUCACAGCAUCAAACUGAAGUUCAGACUGAUGUAAAGAUUGAAGCAGGCGUGCUGCUGAAGUCACAAUCACGGAUGGAGGUUAUUUAGAAACCGAAAAAUUAAAAUCAUGUACACAACAUAAGUUUUACAUUGUGAACAUCUUACUUUUGACCUAUGUACAGCCACAUGCUUAUGUUAAUAGUGUUUUGUGCCGGAUAUUUAUGUGGCGACCAGAGGUGAGAAUCUAGAAACUGCUUCAAAGAAAUGUUCCAGCACAACUGUCUUCACUAUGAAAUGGCAAAGAUGUGUUUCUUCUUUUGUUUUUGAAGUUUUAAUAAAUUAGACAUUUUACUGAUA